AUGAGCAAAAGCCGACCGAGGCUCAAUAUCGAUAACAAUGCCUGGGACAGUGGCCGAUGGACCUACGGUCUCCAUGUCUUGUACGCCAUCCCACGCGAAAAUAACUCAGAUCGCGCUGACAGUAUUAUAGUUGCCAACAACUUUUGGGGCAGAGAUGAUGCAGGACUUCAACCAAUGUUGGACCGUGUACAUGGUUCAAAAAUCACAAAUGAGGAGCUGAGGGUCUUCUAUAAUGCCUCGAUUGAAGAUGAAUAUGCGCGCAAACUCCAGGCUCUUUGUCGCAAGUCACUAGGAUCAUGCGAAAUAGGUUCACUCAGGUCCUCCCUCGACGUGGUGCGCGGUGAGACCGAAGCAAUUGCGAAAGCCCACGCCGCGAUUGCUGCCCAAAUGAAGACCGAAUUGGAAGAACCGCUGGCUGCAUUUGCUAGUGGUAUGAAAGAGCGACGAAAGAUUAUCCAACAGUGCAUCGAGCGGCUGCAUAAGACAAAAAUGCAACAAACACAGGCCGUCAACAAAGAUUGCCUUCGCAUCAAAGGAUAUCUUGCUCAGGGACAUAUGGUGAUGGGGCAGGAAGAGCGAAAGAACAAAGCAAAGCUUGAGAAGACUCAAAUCCAGAUGGCAUCAAACAGCAAUGAGUAUGAGGCCGCUGUGAAGACACUCGAGGAGACCACUGGACGCUGGAACAAGGAGUGGAAGUCUGCGUGCGACAAAUUCCAGGACUUGGAAGAGGAGCGAUUGGAUUUCACAAAGAGCAGUCUUUGGACUUAUGCGAACAUUGCUUCGACAGUUUGCAAAGUUCGCUUGUCUUUGGAAGCCUGCGAAGUGGAGAAAGAUAUCCUCUUCUUCAUCAAGGAACAAGGAACCGGUCAAGAAAUUCCAGACCCUCCCCGGUUCAUUAACUUUUGUAAAGACGAUGAUUCGAGCUCUGAGAUGGACGAAGCCGACGGAUAUUCGGUAGCUCAGUUCCAGCGAACCAUGAACCCUGCAUUCCGCACAUCUUCUCCACAGCCCUCGACAUUCGAAUCGCACCACGACCCACAAUCAGACCUGGCGGCCCAAAUGGGACACCCAGCGCCACCUCCUAUUGCCAAUGCGCAGCCCCAGAUGCCACCUGUGGAGAUGCCACUUCAGAUGCCACAUCCUCAGUCUCAGUCUCGGCCUCAGCAGCAACCUCAGCAGCAACCCCAGCAGCAGCCUCAACAGCAACCCCAACAGCAACCUCAGGAGUAUCAACCACAGCCGCACCAGCCCGCGCCUUUGGAUUUCCGCCGAGGGGGUGCACCACCUCCAAACUAUGACCCAGAGCGCCAUGGAGAGAUCAACGCUGUUCCUCACAAUGCCUACCCAACAGACGGCAUGACAAUGUUUUGUCGGACAGGACCACCUUCGGAGCGAAGCUCGGCAACUAGCGCUUAUCGUCCAUCCAGCCGUGAUUCUCAAAGCGAAGUCUCCAACCCUACCUCUGUAUCCAGCUUUGAGGCAACUCCCACCAAGAAGUCUAUCGCGAAGCCAACAAACAGUGCACCACUGGCCACCUCUGGGGAUGACAAAUCGCCCAAGAAGAAGAGCGCAUUCUUUAGUAACAGCCCCUUCCGUCGCAAGAGUCGCCAUGAUAAAGAAAGGCCCGUUAUUCCUUCACAGCAGGCGAUCUCUUCACAGCCGGCUGUUUAUUCGCAGCCGACCAUUUCAACCUCAGCUCCCCGCGGAGGCUGGGACUCGCCAACCAAGCAAAUGAGCCCGACCAAACAAAUGAGUCCACCUAAACAGGUCAGCCCACCCAAACAGGACAGCUUAUCCACGCAGGUUAGCCCAUCCACACAGGUUAGCCCAUCCAAGCAGUUUAGCCCACCCAAGCAGGUUAGCCCACCUAAGCAAGUCAGUCCACCCAAGCAAGUCAGUCCACCCAAGCAGGUUAGCCCACCAAAGCAAAUCAGCCCAACAAAGCAAAUCAGCCCAACCAAACCCACGGCAGACCCUUCUGGUCGCCUCUCUGGAAGCCCGGAACCUGUCGAUCCCCGGGCCAACUUCCAGCUGAACGUUGGAAACAAUGUCUUCGAUGUCGCAUCCCCUGAAAAGAACAAUCCUAACAAAGCAACGCAGCCAGCACAGGGAGCCGAAGAUGAUUUGGACCCUAUUGCGCGCGCUCUAGCCGACUUGAAGACAAGCGGAAAGCAGUCAGCUACUCGAGUAUCGGCGGAUAGAUACCAUGGUAUCUCUACGCCCACUCCAUCGGCACCCUCCUCCACUUACGGUGGCAGCAAUACUGGUGCUGCCGCUCCACCUGCAUACAAUGAUCCAUCAGUCAAGCGACUGGGUGCACCUCAACCAGCAUUCACCGCAAAGCAAAUGCACAAAACAACCCAGAAGUACACUGGCCAAACCCAAAGUAUGCUUCGAGGGGCCAACAACAGCAUGGGCUCUCGGCAAAGUGGUCAACCGCAAGAAGUUCCCCGGGCUAGAUCGCCAGCACCCGCACCGAGGCGGAGCGUUAGUCCCCAGGUUGCACCUCGUGUGGAUACUCGGAUGAGCCAAAACAGUGGCAGAGGGCCAAGCCCUAGCCCGAGUACAUACCAAUCGAACAGCAUGCGAAGCCAAUACAGCCAAUCACCCACUCCCCGUCGCACCCAAGAUCCACCCUACUCUCCCAACGACUUUGCACGCAGGCCCUCGCCGGCUAUGAGCCACCGUGCAGUUUCUCCCCAGCCUCAGUUCAGACAGCAAACCCGCCCUUCAAGUGCUGGUGGCAUGGAGCUGCAGCUGUCAGGUAGCCAUGAUAUGUACGGAGCCAGUAGCCCAGGUAGUUACGCAGGCUCAACUCGAUCAAGUGGCCGCCCAUCAUCGACCUAUGGUGAUGGUGCUCCCCCUCUUGGACGAUCCAGGAGUCGCACCCUGGCUGUCGCGGAGCCUGGACGCAAAUUCAGCCGCGAUGGUCGCCCAAUCUUGCAUUUCGCUCGCGCCAUGUACACGUACAAUGCUGUUAUUCCCGAAGAGCUCGGCUUUGGCAAGGGCGAUGUUCUUGCCGUUCUUCGUCUCCAAGAUGACGGAUGGUGGGAAGCUGAAGUCACCAAUGCUCGUGGCCAUCCUGGUCUUGUGCCAAGCAACUACCUUCAAAUCAUUUAA